CGGUGGUAGAUAAAAUACAUUCUCCUAUCGUCCAACAUCUCGCGUCUUGUCAAUUUUCGAAGGUACAGUUUUGUUGAAUAUAUGUUUCGGAUGAAGACCAUCGCAUCGACAUCGUUCAUCUUCCAGUAAGUUUACUCGAGUAUGCCAGAAGGUAUGUCAGCUAAAAUAUCUCAAGUUGCGGGCGAAGGAGAAGAUUUAACUAUAUUCGAUAAUAAAUCCGGACUGGCCGAUGACUUAAAGUUUUUAGCAUCUAUGCCUGAAUUAUGUGAUGUAACUUUCCUAGUGGGUGAAACAAGAGAACCUGUAUGCGGCGUAAGAGCUAUUUUAGCAGCUAGAAGUCGAGUUUUCCAUCAAAUGUUCUUCCAACAAUCUUCCAGUCCUCAAAAAAAGAAAGAAAACCAAGCUAAAGAAAAUAAAUUAAGAAUGUUUUUAAAAAGAAGUAGCGAACCAACGUUAAAUGUGCAAAAUAAUUCCGGAUCGAAUACUGGUUCAGCGCAAAACAUGCCUCAUCAAACACUAAUCAUUGAUGAGUUCGAACCAGAUGUUUUUCGGCAACUAAUCGAAUAUAUUCAUACAGGCUGUGUUACGUUGCAACCAAGAACUUUACUAGGUGUUAUGAAUGCAGCAGAUAGAUACGGAUUAGAAGACUUAAGGAAAUCGUGUCACGGUUUCAUACAAUCGUGUAUAAACGUAGAUACCGUAUGUGCUUUACUUCAAACUGCAGAUCGUUACGUCCAAUAUAAAUGUACCAAAGCGUUUUUAAAACAAGUAUUAGAAUUCGUCGACGAGAAAGGUAAUGAAAUAUUAAAUUUGGGCUCGUUUGCUCUACUUCCUCUACACGUUGUACGCUUAAUAUUUUCUAGAAAAAGCUUAGUAGCAGACGAAUUCACCAAAUUUCAGGCAGCUUUAAUGUGGACGAUGAAAUAUAGCGAUAUGAAUAGCGACGUUGAUUGGAAAAAAGUUUUUCGAGAUAAUUUUCUUAGUCUGAUAAAAUUUCAUAAAAUACCAGCCAACGUAUUAAUGAAAGAAGUCGAUCCUUUGAAAGUUGUCCCGAAUGAUAUCAUCGUUACCGCAUUAGCAUAUCAGGCUGACCCCUCGUGCGUUGACCCAGAAAACCCCAGCGGAAGUAUAGCCAAUUUAAGUGAUAUUCAAAUCAAUAACGCAUCACUACCGAGCCUAGAACUGCAGUACGCGUCCAAUUCGACUCUCAGUUCAUUUGAGUCGAGUGAACAUGUUUCAUCUGAUGGUAAUUCGAAGACCCAAGUAUGAACCUGUCACUCGAAGAAAUAAAUUACCUACAUAUAAUAAUAUUAUUCUGAAUUUCAUCAAUUUUGUUCGACAUCGUCAUACAUAUUUUUUUCAUUAUUCUAUAUUGGAAUAAGAAUUUGUUCUUACGUUUCAAAUGAAAAUAUCCAAGAAAGGUAAAUCCUUUUAAAAAUCGAAAACACAUAUCAAUUAAAAAAUUACAAAUUUUUUGAAUUAAAAUGAAAGAUGAGAAAAGUAUUUAAUACCUGAUCUGUCUUCAUUUUUACGAAUGUUAUUUAUCAAUUGAAUGAGUUAUAAAAAAUUUUUUUGCUUUAUUUUUUUUACUAGAAUUUACUUGAAAAUUCCAAGAAUUUUACGAAGAAAAGUCUUUCAUUUUUGUUAAGUUGAAUAAGAGAUAGUAAAUAUUUACUGCUCUCAUUUUUUUCAGUCUUUUUUGACAUAGGGAUAAUUUACUUUAAAAAUCUUGAACCAAACAUACAUGACGUUAGGUGAAUGAUAGUCAAGUCUCGAGAUUUGCAUACUUAUAAACAUUGCUAAUGUUACCUAAUGAAAAAAGGAGUCAGUCAAAUUUACUCCUGCUUCGCUCCGCAAACAAAAAUUCAAAACAUUCAAUGAUUCAAAGACUUCUCAAAUCAGAUUUAAUGCAUCAUUCAAUUUUGAACACACAUUUUCUAAAAAAAAAAAAAAUUAUAAAUUUGAAGCAAAAAAUAAAAAUUUGCCUCAUGCCUCAGAGCAUUUUUCAAAAAACCCAAUACAAUUUUUUUUUUUUUUAAAUGAAAGCUCACAAAAAAGUAUUACUUAGAUGAAAUCCAAAUGAAAGAAAACAUAGGUAGUAAGUACCAAAAAAAUCAGUUUUCUAAAAGAUAUCCCCUCAGAAUAAGUACAGACCAUAAGCCAAAAUUAUUUAAAAUUUUUAAUAUUCCUAUUCGAAAGUUGCAAUUACUUUUUAAAUUAAAAAUGAAAAAACAAAAAACAAGUAUAUUGCAUGAAAAAAACCAAAAUUCUUUUGAAAACGCAUCAUACUACGUAUUUUUCCUAAAUGAGUAUUCUGAAGAAUUGUGAAUAUUAUUUUCAUCAUACGACUGAAAAAUGUUUAAAAAUUCAACUUUCAUUCCGAAUAAUUUUUUUUCUCAUUUUCAAUAAUUCAUUUUGUUUUGUAUUUUUUUUUUUUUGUUUAUGCUGGAUUAGGAUAAAACAUCAAUGAAAAAUACAAAGAAAGCGAUUGAGACAAAAAUGUCAAACUUUUAAUCACUGCCCAAAUGCACAAUGCUUUAACAAAAUGUCCAACUUUUUCAGCACUUUUAGCACUGUAAAGCUUAUUGUACAUACAUAAUUUUUAAAUAAUCGCAAAUGCACACAAAAUAUUAAAACCUGAAUCGUGAAAGAAUUGAAAUUUAUCCACUUUUAUUCUUUUCCCCUUCAAUUGACACAAUGGCAGCCCAUUCAUCAUAACCCAUAAUUCAAAUCUCGCCACUUGCUAUCCAUUCACCAAAUGCUCAGUACCUAUAAAAAAUUACCAAUAAACACAUUUAAAAAUCUAAAAAAAGUCAUAAAAAUGAAAAGAAAAAAAAUCAACGCCUUUCUUAAACGAGACUUUCAACGAAAAAUACAUUAAAAAUUGUAAGAUAAUUUUUUUGUACGUAUUUUAAAAUAUUUUUUUUUGAUUUAUUUAUUAAUUUUUGUAAAUCUUAUUCCAAAUAUCAAUGAGUGAUCAGUAUUAUCAAUUAAAACUUUACGAUGUACGAUAGAAUAAUUUUCUAUUCUACGAUUAAAUUACCUAUUACAAAUAUCGUAAUUUAUUUAAAUAUCAUAGCUUAUCAUAAUAUUCAUUUCGUUUUGUUUGUUUGUCCUUUUACGUUACGAGAAACGAUAAGCAUACAAUAAUGUUUAGGCCUAGUAAAAGUUCGUUUCAUUUUUUCAAUUUUUAAAUUAUUUAAUGCGUUUAACGCUUCUUUGUAAUGUAUUAAUUUUAAGAUUUGUAUUUAACAUAUACGAUGGAUUUAUUAAUUUUACGUUUUGGACGUUCUUUAUUAAGUUA